AGUCGUCGAAAAGACCGCAGCAAAAAUCUUGCAUUUGUGAUUGUCGGCGCUAUCUGGUGGCCGUGUGUAAUUAUUUUUUGUUCUGCGAAAAAUCAUAUCCCCUAGGUUGCGGGGCACCAAAUUCACAUACCGAACGCCAUCGCGACUCGCCCUCCUAGAGGCACCCCAGUGACUAUACAUUCUCGUGAUCCGUGUGACGGCAGUGCUAGAAGUCAAAGCACCACCUGAAAAUUGGUUCCGGAAGGCGUGAAAGUGUGGCUCCUCUCGAGCACUGUGUUUUAGAAAACAGAAACUUUCGCAGACUGCCCGAAGGGCAGCUCGUCGGUUUGCGGUCGUAUUUCGGAAGACGCAAAGAAUACUCAUAAUCGUGUAGACGAAAACUAGUUUAGCAAACACAGGGCUAGCAAAAUGGCAAAAACGUACGACUAUCUGUUCAAACUUUUGCUUAUCGGCGAUUCCGGCGUUGGCAAGACCUGCAUACUGUUCCGCUUUUCGGAGGAUGCCUUCAACACCACAUUCAUCAGUACGAUCGGAAUUGAUUUCAAGAUUAGGACAAUCGACUUGGAUGGUAAAAAAAUCAAGUUACAGAUAUGGGAUACUGCCGGACAGGAGCGUUUCCGUACGAUCACCACCGCCUACUAUCGGGGCGCGAUGGGUAUCAUGCUCGUAUACGACAUCACACAGGAGAAAUCGUUUGAAAACAUUAAAAAUUGGAUACGAAACAUCGAAGAAAACGCGGCUGCAGAUGUGGAAAAGAUGCUGCUUGGCAAUAAGUGCGAGCUAAACGAAAAAAGACAGGUAACACGCGUCCGCGGUGAACAGCUUGCGGUAGAGUACGGAAUCAAAUUCAUGGAAACGUCAGCAAAGGCAAGCAUCAAUGUCGAUGAUGCUUUCUUCACCCUAGCUCGAGAUAUCAAGUGCAAAAUGGAGAAAAGAAUGGAAGCAAAUAAUCCUCCUAAGGGUGGACAUCAACUCAAACCGCCCGGCGAACCUCGAAAGCCACCCAGUUGGUUAUCGAAGUGCAAUCUGUUUUGACCUUGUAAUAGUCCUAUUAAUAAUUAUUACUUUUUUAUAUAACACACUAAAUAAUAAUAAUUAUUAUUAUUUAAAAAUGUAUGUAAACGGAUAAUGUCUAGGGACAACUGAAGACCCACACGGCAACAAUAAACACGUCACACCUUGGAA